AUGGAGCAACCGGAAGAGCAUAGACCGUUUCUAGAGUUGGAGCAGGGAGACGAGGUGGACCAGAAAAACGAUAAGCCGCAACGAAGUCGAGUGGUGGUUACGCUGCUACUCGCCCUGCAACUAUUCGCCUUCAGUAUCGGCCGCUCCCUCACCGUGCUGAGCCUAAAGUUACGCCAGAAGGAUAUUAUUUGCGAGAAAUUCUUGUCAGCGAAUGGGCACGAUGGAUAUGACCAGACGUGUAAAAGGCCAACCGGUGGAACUGCCCCGGAAGUUGACGUUGAAUUCGGCGUGGUUGAAUAUUGGGGCAUGAUCUUCGCUUUGCUUCCUGCCAUGGUGGUGGCCUUGCCGUAUGGGCUCACGGCAGAUCAACACGGUCGUAAGAAGUUCGUGGUCCUAAGUGCUGGCGGUAUUUUGGUGAAUGCGGUAUUGGAAGCCAUUAUAUGCAUGUUUCCUGGCUUUUUGCCGCUUCGUCUUAUUUGGCUUGCGUCACUUGUUACGUCUUUUAGUGGCAGUGAGCUUGCGUUUUGCGCGUUUACGUUUGCUGUGGCAGCGGAUGUGACUAGUGAAAAGCGAAUGUCCAUGGUGUUCUUACUGCUCGGUGCUGUAGCAAUGAUUGGCGGCUUUCUUGGGACUUAUCUAUCAGUAUCGAUUGACUACUCGAUUGCCAUACUCCUUGGUCUGGUCAUGUAUAGCAUCACUAUUUGUGUCGCUGCAUUUACGCCAGAUACUCUUGCUGGCGGCUCGUCUACACUAAAAAAUGGCUUGUUAAACAGUGAAAUUUCCUACCUAAUCGAUAUCAGAAAAGUACUCCACGAAGUUGCUAGAGUAGCACGUCUCGUGUGUCGUGAUAACAAACAAAUUGGAGCUAUCCUGCUAGCUUUGCUAUUUGCAGCACACCUCGGGGUAAAAACGGAAUUAUCUCUUAAUCCAUUCCCCCAAUCAUCUCUAUUCUGGACGAUAUUGAUCCUACUUCUGGGCCUGAUACCAUGCUACAAAUCACCCCUUUCAAAAGAUUUAUGGAUGGCUCGAAUCAUUGCUCUGAUUUCUCUCCCGGGAGCCCUGCUUCUUGUCUUUUCGGGAGGGAGUGUCCUGCCGUUUAAUAUGCUUAUUGGAAUGGUGUUGAUUUCAGCAACGAACCUAUAUCCAGCUAUCAUGAGAGGUCUGCUUGUGCAUCUGAGUGAAGGGAAGGACAUUGGUGCGUUGUAUGCGCUGUUCGGAGUAGCCCAAAGUGUUGGAAUUAUUAUUCAGAAGCCGUUGUCGGCUUUGCUGUAUCUUCUGGGUGGGAUUGGGCAGAUUAUAUCUGUUGUGAUAUUUGUGCUUUCGGGGGUUAUUUUGUUUUGUGUUUGGCCGAGAAGGGUGAACAAUGGCGCAGCUGAGGGAUGA